CGCUUCAAAGACCGCCUCUCGCUCUCUCUAAAGAUUUCCUAUUUGCUCCUAGCUAGGGUUUUAGCUUAUCGCUUCUUCCCUCCUCUCCUCUCCUAUCUGUCUCUCGAAAUCGAAUUGGACCCCAAAAUAUGAGCAACGACAACAAGGAUAACUUCAGCAUGGCCGAUCUCUCCUCUGUGGCUCUCAACGAUGAGGAUCGAGCGGGUCUUGUUAUUGGUCUCAAGGAUAAGCUGCAGACUCUCGCUGGACAGCAUUCCGAUAUCCUGGACAAUUUGACUCCGACUGUCAGAAAGCGUGUUGAGGUUCUCAGAGAGAUUCAGAUCCAACAUGACGAAUUGGAGGCAAAAUUCUUUGAGGAGAGAGCAGCUCUCGAAGCCAAAUAUCAAAAAUUAUAUCAGCCACUUUAUGCAAAGCGCUAUGAUAUUGUUAAUGGUGUCAUCGAAGUUGAUGGGACACCGGAUGAAUCCACAAUGGACCAAGAGGGGGAUAAAGCCGCUGAAGAGAAAGGAGUGCCUGAUUUCUGGCUUACUGCAAUGAAGAACAAUGAGGUUUUAGCUCAGAAGAUUUCGGAGCGUGAUGAAGGGGCACUUAAGUAUCUUAAAGAUAUUAAAUGGUGCAGGAUUGAUGAUCCCAAAGGAUUCAAGCUUGAGUUCAUCUUUGAGCCUAAUCUAUACUUCAAGAACAGUGUCUUGACAAAGAUAUAUCAAAUGAUUGAUGAAGACGAUCCUAUUUUGGAGAAAGCAAUUGGAACGGAGAUCGAAUGGUACCCUGGGAUGUGCUUAACACAGAAGGUCCUGAAGAAGAAGCCAAAGAAGGGGACAAAGAAUGCCAAGCCUAUAACAAAAAUUGAAUAUUGUGAAAGUUUUUUCAACUUUUUUAACCCACCUAAAGUUCCAGAGGAUGAUGAAGACAUUGAUGACGACGCUGCUGAGGAUCUUCAGAAUCAGAUGGAGGAAGAUUAUGAUGUUGGGUAUACUAUUCGUGACAAGGUUAUUUCCCAUGCUGUGUCAUGGUACACUGGUGAAGCUAUUCAAGGAGAGGAUAUGGAAUUAGAUGAUGACGACGACGACGACGAAGAUGAUGACGAUGAAGAUGAUGAUGAAGAAGACGAGGACGAGGAUGACGAUGAUGAAGGAGAAGAUGAGAGAAAGACGAGAAAGAAGAAGAGCGGAAGAAUUCUAGUUGGUGAUGGUCUGCAGCAGCAGGGUGAACAACCUCCAGAAUGCAAGCAGCAGUAGAUCUGGUCACAGAGAUGCGUCGGUUGGCAGGGAAUUGUUGUCAUUUCGGAACAUUAGGGGAUUUUGGGGGGAAGGAUUUGCAGUUUUGGCCUUUUCUUUUUGUUGCUUAUUUGGUUAUCGUUUAUAACGGUUUAGUAUGAUUGAAUGGUUUGGAAGAUCCUUUCCCUUCUUCCUCCUAUUGGUAUGGGGAAUGAUAUUUGAUCAUAUAUAUAGUUUUUAAAGGCUGUUGCUGUUUAUGGGGAUUUCUUUUUCUUUCCAAAAUGUCAAUUGUGAGCCUCUUCCGUUUGUGUUUUA